GGUCACAUGACAUUCUGCCUAGUAACCUCCAAGGUUUACGCGUCUGUCAGCGGAUGUGUUAUCCUUGUCUUAAAUAGUGAUACUGGGAUUUCGGCUAUCGCCUAACAACGUUUUCUCUCUUAAACCGGAGCCGUUAGCCGUUGCCAGGAGCGCUGUGCCACUGUGAACGAGAGAGAGAGGAUCAAUGGUCGGUCUGGAACGCGGGGCUGUCACAUCGCCUUGUGCACGCUCAAUGAACACACCGUUCAGCUCACACGGCGGUUGCACAUUUAUGGCGAUUGCGAGGGAGGGAGGAGACUUUUGCCAGGCACAGCACCUGCUGAUUGUGGACAAGUGAAUUGGGAGAUAGCCCUGUAUGAAAGCAAGGCCCUCACUGCCAUCUAAAGAUCAGCCAAACCUUAUGAAGACUAGCCAACCCGAAGCCAAGCAGCAGCAAUACAGGAGGCUGCACCACUCUACUGCCAGUACAUGCCUAGGACAGCUGUCGUUCACCUGCCCGUCAACAUGAAUCGCCCCGCCCCUGUCGAGAUCAGAUACGACUGUAUGAGGUUCCUCAUCACACACAACCCCACCAACUCCCAGAUGGUCAAAUUCAUAGAGGACCUGAAGGCGUUUGGCGUGCAAACCCUUGUGAGAGUGUGUGCUGCAACAUAUGAGAAAACCCCAGUAGAACAGGAAGGGAUCCAAGUCCUGGACUGGCCGUUUGACGAUGGCUCCGCCCCUCCUGAGCAAGUGGUGGAUGAUUGGCUGCAUCUGCUCCAGGCCAAGUUCAGACAGGAACCAGGCUGCUGUGUGGCCGUGCAUUGUGUGGCAGGCCUGGGCCGGGCUCCUGUUCUGGUGGCCUUGGCCCUCAUUGAAUGUGGAAUGGAGUACGAAGAUGCUGUCCACUUCAUACGACUUAAACGACGCGGGGCUUUCAACUCCAAGCAGCUGCUGUACCUGGAGAGCUACAAGCCCAAGAUGUGUCUUCGCUCCCGCGAGGGCAACGGUCAAAACUGCUGCCUCCAGUAGUCCUGCAGCGGAAUGUACUAGCUCUAGAGACACAGCACACAGUCAUUUAUGAAUUAAUUCAUUUAUUAUUUAUUGAUUAUUUAAUUCAACCCCCCCCCCCCCCCCAUUCGAGAUUAAAAUUAAUGGUUUCAAAGCCCGGUUUCCCCGAACGCAGAUUAACUAUGCGUAGUCUAAGAAGAAUAUUUAAUAGAUUAAGAUUAGCCUGUAGCUGAGUUCUGGCUGCUGUAACACUGUCUACCUGCUGGUGCAAAUGACCCACCCUGUUAGCGCCUGUGUACGUAUGCUGCUGUUGUUGGUGUAACGACUUCUACCUUAGGCCUCAUUUUUAUGAAGUGUGUAUUUGUAAUACAUAAUUUAUUUAUGUCUAAAUGUUAUCUACCUGUAUUUUGACUGUAAAGCUGACAUUCAAAGUGUUCCUCUGAGAUAGUAAACAUUCUCAAAUCUA